CAGACGAUUACAAUAUGAACCUGUUUCUGCUAUCAACUAUUCUCAUAGUUACAACAAUGAUUUUGUUAGCUCCUUUGUCUACGGCUCAGACAAUGACUAUAUGCAGACCAAGUGAAGGAAAACCAGGACCGCAAGGACCUCCUGGAAAUCCUGGAAAUGAUGGUCAAAAAGGUGAAAAGGGAGACCCAGGUAUAAAAGGAGAUCGAGGAGAAAAGGGUUCCACAGGAGAAAGUGGCCCACCAGGUCCAUCAGGUUCUCAAGGUCCCAGUGGACCUCCUGGAGAAAGAGGAUCCGAUGGCAUGCCUUCCGCAAAGGGAGAAAAAGGAACACAAGGUGCAAGAGGAGAACCAGGAGUAGGACAUACAGGUUUUAGAGGUCCAACAGGUGAUGCAGGCCCACCUGGCCCACCCGGCAAUAGAGGCUACCAAGGAGAGCAAGGUCUACCAGGUCCCCAAGGAUUAAAAGGGGACCAGGGUCCUCCAGGAAAUGUAGGUCUACCUGGACAAACGGGAUCCAGUGGCUCUCCAGGUACAAAAGGAGAUCAAGGGAUAAAAGGUUCAUCGGGAUCCCAGGGAUUAAAGGGCGACCGGGGUCUUCCAGGAAAUGCAGGCCCACCUGGACAAAAGGGAUCCACUGGCUCACCAGGUACAAAGGGAGACCAAGGGAUAAAAGGUGCACCUUGUGACAUGAGUCGUGUACUUGCGUUAGAAAAGCAACUUGCAACAUUACAGCAAGUUUUGCAGUUACUACGUAAUAGCUGGAAAGUUGGAGACAAAACAUUUGUUACUGCAGGAACGACCACUAACAUUUUAACUGCCAAGUCAGAAUGCUCUCUUGCUGGCUAUCGACUUGCUGCUCCAAAGACAGAAGCUGAAAAUGCGCUUAUGGAAAAAAUUGUGAAGAAGUAUGAGACGGAGGCAUGGCUUGCACUUUCAGAUGAAAAAAUAGAAGGCAAAUUUGUAUAUUUAGAUGGCAAACCAAUAAGUUAUUCAAACUGGCGUCAAGGUGAACCAAACGAUAAACAUCGUGCUGAAGAUUGUGUGCAAAUGCUAACUACAGGAAAGUGGAAUGACUGUAUAUGUGCACAGCAAGGUCUUGUUAUCUGUGAGACUUAAACCUAUACAUAUCACUGGAACAAUAUCAUUCUUGUUAAUUCUUCAUUAAAAUGGAAAUUAGGUCUUGACUAUUACACUGGAAAGUAUAGCAUUCUGUAGUUUAAUGUGUUUUACAUGAGUCUAAUGAUAGUAGUAUAUAUGCCUAUUUGUAAGGGUUACUGCCAUAACUUUAUAUGAUUUAAGAAACUUUAUUUCCAUUCUUUCCCCCUUCUGCAGUCUUUUAGCGUGUACAUCUAGCUUAUUUCUGAUGUAAAUUAUUGCAUGUUAUAUAUAAUGCUGAAAUAUUUGUUAAAAUUAUGAACAGCAAUGGAAGAUUUGAAAUUAAUGGGCAUUUAAGAAGUACUGAAAAUUUAAACCUCUGACUGAAGCAAAAGAGGCAAUAGCUGCACUUCUCAGACUGGUGUUAUUCAUAGUCCUGCAAUUCACAUAUGCUCAAGGACAAUUGGCAAAGACCACCACUACACCUACAUGCAAAGUGACUAAACGUGAAUGAAUGGUGCUGUUUAUUGAAAAUCUCAGUCCAGCUCUGAACACCCACAAGCGAGUCAUCUAUUUUCACUGGUAUAAAAUGGAUUCAAACAAGUGUAGCUCUGUGCAAUAUAAGCCAUAUGUAUAUAACUUCACAAUUUAUUGCAGCUACUUUCAUUAUGUUGUACUGAGCAUGAGCCUACACUCACCUAAGUACUUUUAGGAGAACUUGUGGUGAGCACAGCUAUUCACCAGUAAACUCAAAAAAAUCUAUUUAUUGAAUCUAAUGGUGUCCUCGUGUGGACACCCUGAAUAGUCCUUUAUAAGGCUGGAAAGGGGGAAGAUAGGAAAGCUGGAAAAGGGGGAGA